AUGGGCCCACAGCAGCUAGACGGCAGCCUGCACGGCUCCACGGUUGCUCCAACGAUCUCUAAUGCGGCCUCUGUUCUGCCGCAGCCGCCCGCGGCCCCCACUGCUGCGAGUCUACCGCUGGCGCGGACUCCACGGGCACGGCCCGCCUCAGAGCACGCGGGCGACCCGGCUCACUCGUCGUCGCCGUCCUCCUCGACGGCGGCGGCCUGCACGGCCACGGUGUCCAGCUCACGCUGGCCCUCCUUCGUGAUCUUGCGGCCGCC